CUUGAAGAGACAGCUUUAAGUGAAAUUGAUCAACUUAUUGGAAGUUUGGAUAAACCAAUUAAUAAUUCAAUCCCUAUUUUAGAAGAAGAAUUAAAUGAACAAAAUCCACUUGUGAAAAUAAAAGAAGACCUCAU